AUGUCGUCGCCCGAAGCCUGGUACAACGGCCUGCCGCAGGUCACGCGCUUCUACCUCACGACGUGCUUUGCGGCCACGUGCUUGACGCAGUUUGGCAUGCUCAACCCGCGCUCCAUCUACCUCGACCUCGAGCUCGUCGUCUACAAGUUCCAUAUCUGGCGCCUCGUCACGUGCUUCUGCUACGUCGGCAAGUUUAGCUUCCACUUCCUCGUCUGCCUCCUCCUGCUCGGCCAGUAUGGCAGCCGCCUCGAGGCCGACCCGUUCGUCGCCGGCGGCGGUCCCACGGCCGACUUUGCGUUCAUGAUGCUCUGCGGCGCGUCCGUGCUCUGGGUGGUGGGCGCGCUCAUGGGCUACAUCUUCCUCGGCGAGCCCAUGAUCUUUAUGAUCCUGUACAUGUGGAGCCGUAAGAACCCGACGCAACUCGUGUCGUUCUGGGGCUUCAAGUUUGAAGCACUCUACUUCCCGUGGGCGAUGAUCGCGUUCACGCUCCUCACGGGCAACGACCCGCUGCCGCAGCUCGCGGGUCUCUUUGCCGGCCACGUCUACUACUUUUUCCUUGAAAUCCUUCCCAACACGAAGGGCAUCACGCUUCUCAAGACGCCCCAGAUCUUGAUCAACUGCUUCCCGUCCACGGCGCGUCCCGUGUACGGUGCGCCGCCGGCCCAGCAGCGCGCGGGCGCCGAAGCCACGGGGCCUUCACGCUACAACUGGGGCUCAGGCCGCACCCUCGGGUCCAACUAG